UGUUACUGAAGAAGAAAAGGAGAACCAAUGAAUCUCGUGCUAGCAAUAAACAUGGCUGACAGUUUGGAAAUUUUGUGAUUAUUUAUAUUACUGCGUUUCGUGUUCAUUGUUAGUUCGCAUAGAGUGUGAUACUUCGGUAAAAAUGGUUGGAAUUAUGAAGUGACUAUAUUAUUAGCGGCAAUGGACAUUUAAAAAAAUUGACAUGCUUCAUACAAGUUUAUGUUCCUUGUUUGAUAUGUAAGAUACCAAGUUCGUGAAUAAGCAAUGUUCUCAGAAAAUGGUUCCGAUAGCCCAAGUGGUGACAGAAAUAGUGACUUCAGUGGUAAUGGUGUGUGUAGAGAUUUCCUUCGUAAAGUUUGUCGGCGAGGGAAACGUUGCAAGUUCUUGCAUCCAAAUGAAAAGGAAGAAGAUGUAGGUACAAAGUUUGAGUAUGUUUUCUGCCAUGAUUACCAAAACUUGAAGUGUUCACGCACUUUGUGUCGUUUUGUUCACUGCACACGUGAGGAAGAGGAGUACUACAGAGCUACUGGGGAACUGCCUCGACAUGUACUGGAAACUACUGUCAGGAAGGGCAUUGCACCUGAUGUUUCUCGACCAGGGGAGGUUCCUGUUUGCAAGGAUUUUCUGAAGGGAGAGUGUCGACGGGGAGGCAAGUGCAGGUUUCGCCAUUUGUCUGUAAGGGAAUAUGAAAUGGAGUUAACUUAUGGGACGAGAAACCCUUCUCAUACAGCUGCAACAACAAAUGGCACAGGGUCCGUCUCCAGAAGAAGAGACAGAUUUGAAUUUGAAGACACAAGAUUUGAUUGCUUCAUAAGCCCUGGAAGUGCUGUUGUUGGUUUGGACCGAGAGUUUGGAUCACCGGAAGUAAAGAGACGCCACUAUCCUAGCCCUGACAUUCAGCAAAGCAACCAGUUGUUGCUGCCUCGGGAGAGCUAUCAGCAGACUCCACACAAUCACUACUACACAGCACCCAUGUUGCCCCAUGUAGAGGCACGUACACUGCUCAUGGAUGAUGAGAACAGUAUACUGCGUAAAAAAAUUGAAGAACUGAAGAAGCAAGUGUCCGAUCUCACUGCUACAAACGAAUUUCUUCUGGAUCAGAAUGCUCAGCUGCGUAUGGGGGGCAAACGUACAGCUAAUGUUACAGCUGUUACAGUUCCGGCUGUGACUAUCACCAAUACAGGGGCACCCACAAUGCAGGUUCAGCCAAUUACAGCACAGAUACAGCCUGCUCAGGCCCCUACGCCCCAGCAAAUGGUGAAUGCAGCGGUAGCAGCCGGCACCCUGCGAACAGUGACGGCCAGUGUGGCGACAGUACCAGUGUCAAUUGCUGCUGUAGCUGGAGCCCCUGUAUCAAUAGCAACUGUUUCAAUGGCUCCUGUUCAGAUUCCACCUCCAGUUGUGACAAUGGCACAGCAAACACUUGCAGUGGAAGGUCCACAGCCACAACAACCUGGAGCACCACCACAACAAGGACAGCAACAGAAUCCUCAGCAAGGACCACAGUCAUUACCCUUGUCAAUCAGUGGGGCCACUGCCCCCCUCGUGUCGUACCCGAUAAUGACACAGGAUCUCCGACCCGUUCUUCAGACCAGUCUUUCGCAUUGAGCGGCUUGUUAAUUUUUGUGGUGUAUGUAUUUUGUUGGGUACCUAAACUAUAAAAGGUCAGUGGGCUAUGGAUAAGCAUGGUUUCAGUUUGUAAUAUAACUGUCACUUGAUGUGCACAGUUCUUUUGUGUUCUCUUUUAUUUCAAAGGACUGAAGCACUUCAGAAGUUAAAAGGGCAACAUGAUGUGAUCUGCUUUGUACUUGGAAUAGGAAUGUAAUUGUAUAGUUUUGUGAGCAAACAAAAAACAGUGAAUUCAUAAGUAAUAUUCUGUGGUGUAGAACUCAUCACUAUCAUAUUCAGUGUUUCUUGAAUCACUUAGGAAGGUGAAUGUCAUUUUAAUUGUAUGUCUCCAUGUCUGUGUACCUAUUAAUAGACUUAUCAUCUUUGGUCUGUGAUCACUGACCAAUUUUGUUGUUACAAUCUGUAUUUUAAGUUAAAAUAUAGGUUAUCAGUGAUUUUAA